UUACAUUCGUUUCAUAUCGAAUCUCUUUCUACAAUCGUUAACGCUUCGGCGUAAGCGAUUAUAGAAAACGAUAAGUAGCUAGCCAUAUUGACACGAGUGAUUCGAUCGCUCAUUCUACAAUGAACUUAGAAAAAACCUACACUUCAGUCUAUGGUGAGCGAUCUUUAAAACGUCAAACCAACGUCAAAGUCGCAGUUGUGUACUUUGAGCGCGGGAUCAACUCUUGUUUUGAAUUGAAGUUUGAAGAAUAUUUAUUUGAAGUGUUAAAAAAUAAGUAAAUUAAAUAGGAAUGAAAUAUAAAUCUCGAGCAAGCCCAGAACAGUUUGCAACUUUACUGGAAUUUAUGGAAAGUUAUGGCGAUAUAACGAGACCCCAGCAAGGGCCACAAGGCCGAAUUAAAGCUGACCGACUGUGGCAGCAAUUAGAAGAGUUAUUAAACUCCAUAGGUGGAGGAGUAGUAAAACCAAGGGACAAGUGGAAAAAAGCUCAACCAUCACUGAGAAACACUCAACCAUCCCCGACCAGAGAUUCUAAUUGUACGGUCUGUCCACCCCAAAUUUCUACCACAGCCACGGAUGAAAUUAUGUUGGAUUUUAUUCCUUCAUGCUCUAUACAAGCAACAACAUCAGCCUUUACUGCUACCUCAUCACAACAACAUCCAUCACCAGUGCUAACGCCGCCGCCCGGCACUACGUCCUCGCCGGUGCCGUCAGCGACGACGCCUGCCGCUUCCACGUCACGGGGUGCUCCUCAACGGCAGCGACAUCAGCUACAUGAGGAUGAUAGUGAAGAACCCUGUCUCUAA